CAACAUUAAGACAAGAAUUCAACAUUACUCUUCCAAACUUCAUAACUAGCAUAUAGGGAAUAAUUUAUGAUAUCUUGAAAUAAUUCACAUUCGGCGACAUUCAAAAUGUCUUCCUUGGAGGAAGCUACACUUCCCGCGACUCGCCGCCCAAAAUCAAGAAAAUCAUUAUCCGCAAUACCUGCAGACAAAGAAAAUAUGACGGCGGAACUUGGAGCUCUCACUGGAAAAAGGACUCCAAUCGAGAAGCCAGCAAGAAAGAAGAGGAGUAAGAGUAUAGGCCCUGGCGGGCUAGAUGCACUGAAAGAUACCACUGGCAAUCGUCGCAAGUCUCUGGCUACGAUAGCUCAACCACCUCCCAGAUCCAUCCUAAAACCUACUAUGCCACCUCUCCGUGAGAUUCCGGCGCAUAACCCCAACAAAAAGUCGAGUCCAAAAAAGACCAAAACACCUUCACCACCACUUCCAAGCUCUGAGUUAAUCAAUUUUGGUGUUGACGCUGGCUCAAAGGCAUCAGGCGCCGAAGCACUUGAUGAUCCAUUUCAUAUCGAAAUGCCGAAGACCAACAAUGACAGUCGAGUCGCAUUGCGAACGGAGGAACAGCAGCAAGCUGCUGCUAGAGAGAGGGAGGAGAAGGAAAGAGCUGAUAUGCAGAAAGAAGUUAAUGCUAGACGAGAUGCCCGCCGCAAGUCUCUUGCUAAUCGACGUGUUUCAUUUGCGCCUGAAGCAACACUUCAUACUUGGGAUGUUGUUGUAGAAUAUCAAGAUUCUACCACAUCGUCUAAUUCCACAAAUUCCACCCGCCAGGCCUCGAAUGUCACUGGGGACUCUGUCACUACCCCGCACCAGCAAAAUUCUGGACCACCUAGCUCAGACCCUUCGGAGCCUCCAUCAACACCACCUGAACAAAUCGAAGAUGACACAGCGAGUGGGUCACCAGAACAUCAACGCGACCUACAUCAAAAGAAGCGCCGCAGAAGUUCUGUCAUACCUCCUAUGAAUUUCAAUGACCCCAACGACGCUUUCUCAUCCAGUCCUAUGAGUGGGAGUUCUGUGGGUGCUGAAGAUAUCGAAGAGAAUGAAUUUGCUUCUGAUGAUUCGGAUGAUGAUGACGAUGGGACCCGAAUGACUAUGGAUGGGGGAGAAACAACAAAUAUGUCAAUGGCAUCAGUUCAAUCAGGCUUUAGCGUCGGUUCAGAUACGAUGUUAGAACAAUCUUUAAGGCGAGCUGCAAACCAAGCUGGUACACCAGCAAUGAGUUUCGAUGAACAAGGAGAUACCAAAAUGAGUGAAGACAAUGAGAUCGUUGCCUCCUUUGCUCCAUGGGCGAAGAAGGCCCCUCUAGAAGCACAAGUAGACCAAGAGAAUGUAAAUCCUUUCUCAUCAGCAUCCAAAUCGAAUAUCCAGCAAGAUGCUGAACAAUCAGAUGGAGAAGAGAUGACAAUGGAUAUGGAUAUGACAAGUGCAGUUGGUAGAAUCUUACCAGGUCAAGAACGAGAAGAUGACGAGCUUUCUAUGGAUGUCACUCGUGCUUUCGGUGGCAUUAUUCCCAACAACCAACCUGGAGCAAAACUCAAUCCAGCGGGCCGUUGUCAAAGUACUCGUAGAAUAUCAACAGGUGAAGAGUCGGCAUUCGGAGAACAGACCAUGGACUUGACUGCUGCUAUAGGUGGAAUUCAUGCAGCUCAAGAUGAUGAGGAGGUUUCCGAAGAUGAGGAUAUGAGCAUGGAUUUUACAUCGGCAAUCGGUGGCGUGCUAUCACAGCCACCUGCGGCGAAGAACAAAAGACGAGUAUCGACGGCUUCAAACGCAAAGUCAAGCCAAAAUCGCGAAAGCCUAGAUUCUGCAGCCGGGGAUGAAACGAUGGGAAUGGAUAUGGACAUGGAUAUGACUACUGCGGUGGGUCGUAUCAUACCUCCGACUAUGGACGAGACCGAGGAAAUGGAUAUGGAUGUAACAGUUGGGAUGGAAAUGACCAAGGCUUUAGGUGGUAUUCUUCCACGAUUGAAUGCUGGAGAUCGAAAUCAAGCCAAGAAGAUUAUGGAAAUGGAAACAGAUCUUGGUAGUUCACCAUUUCGAGUAGAUGUUCCCGCCAAUUCUCCACCAAAGCCCGUUAACCAUAAUGCUUUGAUCGCGGCACCAGAAAGUCGCAGCCCAAGCUUUACAGCCGGAUUCAAAGGAAAAGGUCUUCGUAGAAGCAUGGAUCGAAUCUCUACAACGCCCAAGUCUACACCAAAGUCUAAGAUGUUAACGCCAGUCAAGAAACCUACCACUCCACAAAAACAGCUCACUCCACAACCUGCUCAACCAUCUCAUCCUGGCAAAACUCCACCAUCCAAAAACAUCCUCAUGCGUACAGGAUCGCCAAAGAGACUUUUCAAGCCUGACCUCAAAGAAUCAUCUUCUACUCCUCGUACAACUCCAAUUAAAAAACAAACACCCAAUAAGUUAUUCAAGCAAGACAGCAAUACCGGCCUUGCAACACCUAACUUUAUACUAACACCGCAAAAACGAUUGUCUACUGGCAUUGGUCUCGAUAGAAUAGGACUGGGGUCACCAAAAGUUGCUGCAUUGCUAGACCGACGCGGAUCGAUUGGAGAACAGGCACGAUCAUUUACACCUACCCAGCCAGCUGAUCUGAAUCGUGGUGUACGAUUCCAAGAUCCUCGUAUCAUGGAAGCGGAAGUUGACAGGGAGCGAGAAUUAGAAGAAGAUAGAGAAAAUGGACGUAAGAUAAUGGAGCGUGAAGCGGAUCAAGGUGAAGGAGAAGAAAAAGACGCAACUCUGAACCUCAAGGAAAUGAUCAGCAGUCUAACUCCUAAGAAGAAGUCAAUGAAAGGCCGCAAGAGUUUACAUGCUGGUGCUGCAAUCGGACUUUUGGGCAAACGACCCGCUGAGUUGGAUGAGGAUGAUUCAGAUUCAGAUGAGAGUGGUAUGAAGCGACUGAGAAAUCAUCAGGGCAGUCCUGUGAAGAAUGUCCAUCUCCAAGGGCCACCCACUAAGGAACAAACAACAACUGGUCGUCUAACCCGGUCGAGCCGAAAGAGUAUGGAAGAUUCGACUGUUCCUUCUAUCACUCCUACUCUCACUACUUCGCCCAUCAGGGACACAAUUACCACACCACAUGAUCAAGGACGUUUCAAAGAUGCGGAAGCCAAUUUGGCUGAGCCUGUGGCAAUUCCGUUCAAGGAGACAGAACCAGUCGAAUAUCCAAAACUACCCGAGGAAACCUUGGACAAUGAGCGCAUACAGUUACAGGAUUUCUUAAAUAUGACAAGUAUUCGAUUCAUGGAAUUGACAACUACCAAACGAAGACAUACAAUUGCACCAAAACGGUCUAGCGAUGGACCGAUAAGGAAUCGACUGUCCGAUCAAGCCAAGGUUUCACUUGAAGAUUGUGUUGCGGCGGGUGCUGCUACCAUUCCUAUGCUUGAGUUAUUCCAGCAUGCUUGUCAUGAACUCAAAAAGUAUAUAUCAGAUGGUCGAAAAACAGUUCGCGAGAUCGAGAGUGAAACCUUCGAGGAGAACCCUCCACUAUUCCGUGAAUAUAUUUCUGCGCCGGCUGAUAUGAAGGUUGUCAUGGACAAUCAACUCAAGAAUGUCAAGACGCAUUCCCGUCUUCUCAGUAAAGGUAUGUGGUAUGAUUGGCGAUCAACAUUACUUGAGACUGUUAAGGAUGAACUCGUUAGAAGUGCUGAAGGCAUGAUCAAUGAUGAAGAAAUCCUGGACAAACAACAAGCACUACUAGAUGCUGUGCUUCCAAAGAUGGUCAAACGAGCUCAGCAACUUCAACAUGAGGAGACCAACCUGAAGACUGCUGCUGAAGAAAUUGCUAGCUGUGAUCCUGACGAGCUCAGUGAAGCUCGACAGCAGCUGAUCAUUGUUGAAGCUGAUGUUGAUGCAAAAAGGCACAUGAUUGAGGAAUUGAAGAAACAACUUCAAGCAAAAGAAAUUGAAAUUGAAGGUGGCACUGCAAAAAAGGCAACAUUCCUGGAAGAAAUUCGUGAAGCGGAAAAGAUUCGAGAGGAGUGCCGAGGUUGGAGUUCGAGCGAGCUUAGUAAUCUUAAAGCAAAAGUGGAUGCUCUUGAAAAGAAGCAUGGUUGGACUAUCACCGGUGUCUCUGGAACAACGACUUCAAUGACUUAUCGAAAGGAGAUUGAACUUGUAUUCGACGCAGCUGCAUUCAAGUCAAAUGCUUCGAGCAAGACCCAAAAGCCAGAAAAUUCAAGAAUCGAUCUUUGGUACAUCGCCGCCAAUCGUGAAUACAAUCCAUUAACCCUCACCCCCGAAAAGGAAUUUCUCCUUCAAUGCAUCCGUGAUCACGUUCGAGGAUUACCACAAUCAGAAACCGAAAUCAAGACUCUGCUCAAUUCUGUUAGCGUAGCCUGGAACAAAGCCGCAAGAGUGGUGGAUGAUAUUUAUCUACUUAAUAUUAUUUGCCCAACUGUUGUCACCAAAACAUCGGAUAACUCUAUCCUCGUCAAGUCAAAGUUAUUGAUUGCGGCUCUUAAUACAAAGGUCGAAUUAGCUUUCAGUCUCAUUAGUCACAGCACGGAAGAAGGAUUUGAUGUGGAGAUUUCCCCAGUUGCAAAAGUAAUUUAUGGGGAAAGGUUUAAUGAACCGAAGAUGAGGGAGUUCCUUCUUAAUAGACUAGGCAAUUAUGCUAAGGAGAAGGGAGAUGGAACUAAUGUUUCUUGGGGCUCAGCGGUAGCUGAGUUGGGGGAUAAAUUAUUGGCGAGGGGAAGAAAGUAAGAUGUAUAGGAUCGAGAUUUUAUGUUCUGAGUUUUGAUUCAGCGAUGGUUAUCUAGUCUCGAUGAGUUUAAUGAUGAUUAUGAAAAUGGGGAUUUGAUAUCCAUGGAGUAAGGGGUUAAUGUUUAUGUGGUAGCGUAGGAUAUUUUAUAGGAUUUUGAGGAUGAAAGCUUGAUGCUUGUCUCUGUUUAUGAUUAAUUUUUGUCUACUUGUUGAUUUGAAUUUUAUGAUUCUACUAGACGGACCUGGUCUUUGUACCGUUCUGAUGAUUGACUUUCAUUCCUCUCUUGUGAAAUUUGGGCUUUGUAUCACACGGUAUGGCGAGGUUAGCUUAGCAAAUGGAGAUUCACCGCCUUUGUCUUUGCGGAUCAAGGUGGUUUGU